AUGGACCGCCCCCCGCAAACGCCGCAGUUCCCCCCGCUGGCGCAAGUCCCGCCCAGGACCAGCGCGAGCCUGCGCACGUCGCCGCGGCCCGCAGGCAAAACACGCUAUGUAGCGCCGAAAAACCAGCUACUCCCGGCCUACGAGGGUGGAGAGUUAGGCGGCACGUUCAGGACGUUCACGAGAGACUUCCAGAACGUCGAGCAGCAGGUGCGUACUACCGAAAUGCGGCCGCGGCGAGUACUAACCGCGGUGCGCAUGAAGAGCGAGUACGGCUCGGGCCAGAGUACGGCAAACGAGUACUUCCCCGGCGGCCUAUCCUCAUGGGAGCCAACCCCGUCACCGUCCCCGCGCCCGUACGAGCAGACGGUCGACUUCAGCGAGUUCAUGCACCUCGCGGGUCUCGCUCAGCAGCAGCAGCAGUCCGGGGAGGUGGAAAACUACGGCAUCUCGAACGACGGCGUGGGCUACGGGAGCACCGGUGACGCGCUCGACGGUUUCGACCUAAGCAGCUCCUCCUCGUUCGUCACAUCCUCCCCGAAGCGCCAGAUGGGCUACCAGCAGCAGGAGCUCGAGAUGAACUACCCCCCGCUGCCGCUCCCUAGUUACGACCACGCCGUGACGUCGUUGGAGAACUACAUCAACCCCCAGAUGAACGCGCAGCCUGCCCGUAAGCGGCAGAGGGUGGACACGUCACUAGACGGCGACCUAGAGCUCUCGAACCAGCACGACACGAUCAACCCCGCCCUCUUGCAACCUCCGUACCAACCAACGGAGCAGCACGACGUCCCCAUGGAGGACGACGAGGGCUCGGACGACCCGGACCAAUCGGAGAUCGACCGGAUCGAUCGGGCGUGCGGAGGGUAUGCGAACCUGAAGCAGCAAGAGGUACCCCCUCCGUACCCGGCGGCGCUCCAGAACGCACGAACGGAGCGCGAAUUCGUAAUUGAAUUCAUCGUGCUAGCCAUGGCGCGCAACUGUCGCAAGCAGCUCGAGGCGUGCAUCGUCGACAUCCCCGGCCAGCCGCUCGCCGACAACCCGAUUGUCGUCAAGCUACUCGGAGAAGAAGGCGUCCAGGCGCUGCACAUCUUCCCGGCGAGACAACAGGCCGCCGCUAUCACCGAGGGCGCUCCCCCUGCCCCGCGGAUGCCGACGCCCCAGCAGCAACCCGCGAUGUCGGACCGAGCACGCGCGAAGCAACCCGCGGCGGCGCUCCCCCAGCUGCAGCACCAGCCGAUGAUGCCAACGGCGCCAAUCCCCUCCACCCAGACGACGAGUCUUGCGAUGAGAAUGCGGGCCAACGCGACGAGCCUGAGUGUUGCGACGCCGAGCGUUGUGCACGAGUGGCCGGAGCAGCAAGCGCAGGACGCGUGGCAGCAAGUCCGACAGGAUAUGCACCCCCCCGUCGCAUCCUCCUCGCGCAUGCGAACGCCUGCGCAGGUGAUCUACCCCCCGCCGAUGAACGCCCCCAGGACCUACCACCCGGCGGCGCGCAACCUCCUGAGUCAAUUCAACCAGCAGGCGGACCCCGGGGCAGCGGCGCGCCCGAGGGAGGAAGCGCCGUUCGUCCGGACGCAGAACUUACGCCAACCGACACCGAACAUGGACCCGUCGAUGUGGAACCAGGGCAGCGCGAACGGCGCGCCGGUGGCGGGCUUGUCGUCGAUGGCUCAGACGAGCGUCUCGCACCCCGCUCACCCCUCGGCCCAGGCGACGAACGCGGCCAAGUGGCCGAUGGACGUCGACUGGUCAAAGGUGCCGAAGCUGCCGCCGGCGCCGAUGAAGCAGGACAACUCGAUGAGUGCGUCGGUCGCGCAGCUCUGGAACAGCAGGCGCGCCCACUUCGCCGCGCUGGGAAUGCCCCCGAACCCGCAGGGGGGCUACCCGGAGAUCCAUCUGCGUGACCCGGACGACAAACUCAGAAACGUCCACAAGGCCACCGUCGCGAGCUGGAGGCAGAAACCGGAGCGGGUGGCGCUGGAACCCUUCGGUCAGGACCACAUCUCGGACGCGAAGGCGAGCGAGACGCACGGCGCCCUCAACCGGACCCUCAAGGCGGCCUUCGGCGACGUCCCGUUCGGCAUCAUCCCGCCGACGCGCACUCAGAACGGCGUCCAGCGAUGGGAGGCAGCCACGGCCUGGAUGAGCCACAGCUGGCCGCCCGUCGUCGCGAUGCUCCUGAUCGUCCAGCGCAUCUGGAUUUUCAGAGACAUCUCGUUCGUCGCGACGGCCGAUGCCUCCACCCCUCCGAAGCUGCUGCUGCCCCUCAUCGGCCUAACCCGCUGGGAGGUGUACGCGAUCAGAGAGCUCGUGAUGGAGGAAUUCACCAAGGACAAGGUGUACGAAGACCUGAAGACGCUAGUCUCCGCGAACCAGGACUAUGCAUCGUUCGCAGACAAGAACGUAGCGACGUGCAAGGUCAUCGACUCCCUCGACGUCGUCGUGCGCGACGUGGUCACCAAGACUAAGACUACGAAGGUGGCGUACAUCUACAUGGACCCCCCGACGAAGUCUUCGAAGUUCUGGGUGGACUGGCGUGACAACCUCAAGGUGUCCCCCUUCUCCGGCGAGACCGUCCGCGCGACCGUCUCGCGCCGCCAGACGCGGUGCGAGAUGUGCCACGGAGCAGACCACCAGACCGACCAGUGCCCCUUCCCGCAUGUUGCAGGAUGGCAGACGGUCAUCGAGAAGCGCGGCGGGUACAAGGGCCACGGCGGACGUGACGACGAGUCAGGCGACGACAACGGCGACCGCGCCAGCGGGAAGCGCAAGGCUGCGCCGCCUAAGUCGCUGGGCACCCGCCGUUGA